CGCUCUCCCGCUCCUCGGAGAAACCCAGGCACCGCUCGGCUUUCCUCGCCAACAAAGAUGCAGCUCUGAUAAGCGAUCAAGCUGUCCACUAGUCAAUUGGUGGCGCAAUGGUCCCCCUGUGCUGUUGCUGCCCGCCGGCAUCUGCACCAGUCGUGGUGGCCAUGACAGGCCCUGCCGUCCCUUCCUACCACUUCAAGAGUUUCUGUGGAGAGUUUGAGCGGGUGGAAAGUGCCUUGGAACGUUUGGAGGCCAGUGGCUUCUACUGGGGCAGCCUGUCAGGGGCUGAAGCCAAGCGGCUCUUGACUUCCCAGCCUCCUGGUGUCUUCCUGGUGAGAGAUUCCUCCGACCAUCAUCACCUCUUCACCUUGAGUGUCCGCACCAGGACAGGCAUCACCAACCUGCGUAUUCAGCAGCAGGACUCCGCUUUCCACCUGGAGGCCUUGCCAGGAGCUGGCCAUCCCCCAACCUUCAGUUGUGUGGUCGAGUUAGUUGAGUAUUAUCUCUGCCUUGGGGCUGUAGAAGGGGGUCCCUGCUACUUGGAGAGUGAGGGUCAACCUCCAGUGCCUUUGGCCCUCUCGCAGCCACUCCGUUGCAAGGUGCCCACUUUGCAGGAGCUGUGUCAGCGGGCUGUACGAACCAGCGUGCGGGGCAGAGGUGACACCAGGGCUCAGCUGCAGAGGCUGCCGGUCCCACAGGUAUUAUUGAACUCAAUCUGCAGCUAAAAGGAAGCACCAAAGCACCAGUUUUAAAGACCUUUUAGUGAGUGCAGAGUUGGGGGCCUUUCCCGUUAGAAUGGAUGAGCAGAGCUGAUUGUAGAUAGUGUAUUGCUGAUGCACCCCAAUUUCGUGGAAUAAACCAUCUGACAGCUAAGCCAACCUUUUCAUUGUGGAGCUAUUUAUAAUGAGCCUUCCAAAAGCUAUUGAAAAUUAUCUGAAAAAGGAUUGGCGGAGAUUAGUCAACGAUCUGGAGAUGUGUAUCCUGUAUAAUAAUCCCCUUCCCCAUUUUUCCAAGUUAGCAACUUCCAUAUUUGAAAAGCUUCUUGUGCACAGGUAGAAGUUUUUAUUCUAUCCAUAGGCAAAGCUGACUUAAGCACCUCCCACUUUUUCUCAUCUUUAGUUGAAAGGUGCACAAGUUUGUGCGAAACAAUCCCGUGACAAAUAGCUCUGCUAACUGCACAAGGAACAUCUAUGAAGUCUGCAGCAGCACCGCCCGGUAGUGAAGUCAACAAGAUUGUAUUUAGCUCCAACUAUUAUGCAUCUUUCUUUACAAACUCAGGCGGACAAAAAGAUUGUACACCCAGUAACGAUGUUUGAAUUACAACCAACAGCCUUCUUUCUCUAGAAGAUAGAUAGCCCCAAGGCCAGUCUGAAGGCAGAUUUUGAGCAAUAAGCCACACUGCACCAAAUCCCCAGCGGUCCUCUCCUCUAUUUCCACUUUGCCCACUGCGUGAUCCUGACCUCUCUCCUUCCCCCACUUCCAGUCACCGCCUUUAGUAAAGGUCAUUACUGUAACUUGACAGCUUUCAAGAAUGCUGACUCAGAAAUCAGUUACGAGAAAGAAAGAAAAAAGUUCAGUGACUUGAGUGUUUUUAUAGGCAGCCAGCAGAUAUACCACUCAAAGGCGAAGAAGAUACUAGUCUCUGAGGAAACAGAGGUUUCAUAGUAAAGGGGCAAUUCAUAGAAAAACAAGAUCUCAAACCGUGCAGCACAAAGGUUAGAAAAUGUGAUUGUAGGUGGCAGUUUUGUGCAUUUCACGCAAAACUUUCACCAAGGUAGCACAGUUCAAUGAUACUCCACUCUUAAGAACUACUCAAUUUUUAGUCCUAAAUCUAAUGUUUUUAAAACCUCCUGCUCUCAAAUAAACCUUGAUCAUCUGCAAACUGA